AUGUCUCCUCAUGCAGUUCAAGACUCAAUUGAAACCCCUCCGCGAGCUCCAUCACCAAUUGCCAAUUUCGGAACGCUAGCAGUCCAUGCUGGAAGUCCCCACGAUCCCACGACAGGUGCUGUGAUUGAAUCUCUUUCUCUCUCAACUACAUUCGCACAGAACUCCGUUGGGAAGCCCGUUGGCGCAUAUGAAUAUGUCCGUAGCUCCAAUCCGAACAGAGACAAUUUCGAGGAGGCAAUUGCCGCACUCGAGCACGCCAAAUAUGCCCUUGCAUUCUCUUCUGGCUCCGCAACAACAGCAACUAUACUUCAAUCCCUUGCCCAAGGCUCGCACGUCGUGAGCGUCAGCGACGUAUAUGGCGGCACGCACAGAUAUUUUACCAAAGUCGCCGCGGCGCAUGGCGUGCAAGUCACCUUCUCUCCUAGUAUCGAGCUGGAUGUGGCAGAUAUGAUACGGCCAGGAGAGACGAAACUCAUCUGGAUCGAAAGCCCAAGCAAUCCUACAUUAUCACUAGUGGAUAUCAGAGCCGUGGCAACGGUAGCUCAUCAGCAUGGAAUCAUGGUUGUGGUAGACAACACAUUCUUGAGUCCGUACAUACAGAACCCACUGGAUCAUGGGGCAGAUAUCGUGGUACAUUCGGUGACGAAAUACAUAAAUGGGCAUUCCGACGUCUUGAUGGGCUGCGCAGCUUUCAAUUCCCCGGACCUGAAAGACCGUCUCACUUUCCUCCAGAACGCUAUAGGCGCCGUCCCUUCGCCAUUCGACUGCUGGCUCGCCCACCGUGGCUUGAAAACACUACACCUCCGCGCAAAAGAAGCUUCUCGCAACGCACUUCUCGUGUCGAACGCUCUUGCUUCAUCUGCUCAUACGCUAUUGGUCAACUAUCCAGGUUUGCCAACACACAAGCAAUACUCAAUCGUACAGAAGCAGCACCGGGAUGGACUCGGUGGCGGCAUGCUUUCCUUCCGAAUCAAGGGCGGGCCGCAAGCUGCGGAAAGGUUCUGCCAGCAAGUCAAUAUUUUUACUCUUGCUGAGUCGCUUGGCGGAGUCGAGAGUCUAGUUGAGGUGCCUAGUAGCAUGACGCACGCUGGCAUACCCAAAGAGCAGAGGGAAGCAGCUGGUGUAUGGGAUGAUCUUGUGAGAAUGAGCUGUGGGGUGGAAGACGGAGAGGAUCUCAAGAAAGAUGUGCUACAGGCGCUUGAAAAAGCUGUUAUAGGUCCGAAGGUAGCGGGCAUGUUAAAGGAACCUCAGACUAAUGGACACGCUCGAUGA